AAAAGAUUUAAUGCUAACAUCCAAACAAUUAUAUUUGAAUUCAACAAAUAAAUAUUUAACUUUCAAAUUCAUAAAAUAAAUUAAUAAAUUCAUUUUUACUAAUUAAGUUCACUAAAACCACCUCAUUUAGUUUAGAGGCCGGAAAUCGAUCAUUCGGAUCAUACCAGAUUCAACCGGCCGAUAUUCCACUGUAAGGAAGUGGUUAAGUACCAUACAUGGGCCUGUAUAAUAUCCAACAUGACCAUCUCCCAACAACUAGAGUUAUUGGGAGCAACUGGUUCAUGACAUUGUAUCAAAGCUGGUUUUUCAUUGAGGUCAUGGGUUCAAGUCCUCGCGACCCCCAAUAUUAACCGUUGUCUUUCAAGCACGAUGCGCCUGUGCAAACUACAAGUCAUGAGUCGGCUUUCGUUUGAGGGGGCGUCUCCCAUACAUGAGCAUGUAUAAGAUCCACCAUAACCUUCUCCCAACAACUGGGGUUGCAGGCUUGCAGCUAGGGAUGACAAUUUCGACCUGACCCGUUUUACCCGACCUGUUUUGGGGCGGGUUCGACCCGCUCCGUAGGCGGGGCGGGGCAGACAUGGGUACCUCUCGUCGACCCAACCUGCCUUGACCCACCCCAUUCCCGACCCGUUCUUGCCUAAAUUACAUGUAAUCUUAGUCAAUUACUUCGAAUUUUCCUCAUAUUACCUAAUUGUUUAGCUACAAUAAAGUUGUAUAAGUGAAAACCUCAAUUUCUCCAAUACUUUAACUACAAUAUAUCAUAUUAUGGUUUAUUUCUUAGUCUUUUAAUGAAAUAAUGAAUAUUUUUAAAUGUUCUCACAUAAAUCACAUACUCAUUGGGUCGACUUACCCUGACCUGCGCCUCAUGAUAAAUUAUUCGACCUACCACGGAACGGGUAUGGGUAUUGAUAUACCUGGCCCGAACCUACCCAUCGCCAUUCCUACUUGCAGCUGUACGAACCCCACCCGCCACUGCAGCCGGGCGGGCUGUGUGUCGGCGGUGCAUACUGCGUAGCAGUCGUAGAAACAACCGAAAACCCAAUUUGCUUUGCGGCACUCUCCUUUUGGCUAUCUUCCAUUUUGAUCUUCGUAGUUCUUACUCCACUCCCCCGCACCUAAAAUACUCUCUCACCUCACUCCCUGUCACUGACACCAUCUCUGCUGGAAUUCAUUUUCAUCAAUCCUAUCAUUCAUUACCCAUCGUUCUUGUUUCCCUUCCCCUUUAACCAUCUGCCCUGGUUAGCUCACCCGAUCUCCAACCCACGAACAAGAAAGAGCUAAAAAAGGAGAAAGAAGAGAACUUUCCUUGUCAACCAAACUUCCCCACCUUUCGUUUUCAGCCACCGGACAACAAACCAAUCAUUGUUACCAAAUUCCCAAUUGGUGUCGAAGCCCAGAGAGAGAGAGAGAGAGAGAGAGAGAGAGAGAGCGGCAAGUCGCCGGCGCCGGCGGACUUGGGGGAGCUCUGCUUUUAGUUUGUUUGCUUUUCCCCGACAUUGUUGGGGGGCGGUGAGGAAGAGCCGCUUCGUCAUUGGGAGAGUCCGGGGCUUUUUCUCGAUUUGAUUGUUUGCUUGCUAAAAGGCGCUACAGUGAUGUAACAGAGUCUUCAGAUUGAUCUUCCGUUUCUUCUGCGGAGUUCCUUUGGUAGGGGAAAGUGAGAGAGAUGGAGUCUAAGAUGGAUCAGUAUGAGAUCAUGGAGCAGAUCGGGCGUGGCGCCUUUGGCGCUGCCAUUCUAGUCAAUCAUAAAGCCGAGAAGAAGAAGUAUGUGUUGAAGAAGAUCCGGCUUGCUCGCCAGACGGAGCGGUGCCGGAGAUCUGCUCACCAGGAAAUGGCACUCAUUGCACGAAUUCAGCACCCUUACAUUGUGGAGUUCAAGGAAGCCUGGGUUGAGAAGGGUUGCUAUGUAUGUAUUGUCACUGGAUACUGUGAAGGUGGAGACAUGGCUGAAUUGAUGAAGAAGAACAAUGGUGUUUAUUUUCCUGAGGAGAAACUUUGCAAGUGGUUCACGCAACUGCUCUUGGCUGUUGAUUAUCUUCAUUCUAACUAUGUCCUCCACCGCGACUUGAAAUGCUCAAAUAUCUUUCUGACUAAAGAUCAGGAUGUUCGCCUCGGGGAUUUUGGACUUGCUAAAACUUUGAAGCAAGAUGACUUGGCUUCAUCGGUGGUUGGAACUCCCAAUUACAUGUGCCCAGAGCUACUAGCAGAUAUUCCAUAUGGCUUCAAAUCAGAUAUUUGGUCUUUAGGAUGCUGUGUAUAUGAGAUGGCUGCUCAUCGCCCUGCUUUCAAAGCUUUUGAUAUGGCAGGGUUGAUAAGCAAGAUCAAUCGUUCUUCAAUUGGUCCUUUGCCGCCUUGCUAUUCUCCAUCCUUGAAAUCACUUAUUAGAUGCAUGCUGAGGAAAAAUCCUGAGCACCGCCCUACUGCAUCUGAGGUCCUGAAGCAUCCAUACUUGCAGCCUUAUGUGGAGCAGUACCGGUCAACUUUCAGUCCUCCAACUUGCUCUCUCGAGAAGGCUCCUUCAGCUGGUCGUGGUUCAAGGAGAAGCAUGGCUGACAGCCAGAACAGCAACAGCUCUAGUAGUGAUAGAGAUAGUUACCUCUCAAGCGAGAGAAACAUCUCAACUAUGGGAGAGAAUAAAGGUACUGACACAGAUCUGGCAUCUAUUGAUGAUGAUAAUGACACUGAACAAACCACGCCAAGUGAAGGAGAUAGCAACCAUACAGUUCAUACCGACAAAGUCAAUGAACGGAAAGUAAUGAAGGUCAACCAUUAUGAGGAUGGACCCAAUGUUGAGUCCAAGCAGCAGCCUAAGACUAUUAAAAGUAUUAUGAUGUCACUGAAAGAAGGCAAGGCUAGAGAAAAUGGGUCUCCACUUAGAGGGGCUCGUGCGAAAGCUACAGGCAUAAUGACAACACCAAGGAAUAAUGCAGAUUCAGUGUCGAAAAUUCCUCGACCCUAUGCUGUUGCUCCGAUAUUUAAGCCUAACGUAGUUGAUGCAACACCUGUUGCUCAGGCAAAGUUGACAUUCGAUUCUAUUAAGCGGAUUCCAGCAUCAACCCCUUCCAAACACCAGUUACCAAUAAUGGACACAUCGCCGAAGACUAAACCCAGAUACGAUGGCAUUCCGCCAUCUGUCCCCAUAAAGCUUUCUGAUGAUGGACUUGCUGCUAAGUCUAGGCAGAGAACCCCGCCUUCCAACAUUGUUCGGCGGUGUUCAUUCCCUGUACGGACAAGACAAGUUGGAAAUGACGCCCUAACUGAGACUGCUGCCAUGACUAAGUCCCCCGAACUUACUUCUCGUGAAGUUCCCGAUGAGCAGUUCAUGCAUUCUACUAAGGAGAUCAAGCAAGAGACAUUUCAGAAAGCUACAGUUGGGGUUUCGAAAGUGACUCAAACAGAUGGCAGUAAUUCUGUCUCAUCUGUGGUUUCAGCUGAAGCAUCUGAACUUUAUGAUGAUGCAACAACUUCAUUUGAUGACAUGCAGACACCUCCAAAUCAUGAGAUAGAAAGAAGGCCUGGAACUUCAGAUACUCCAGCAUUGAGAGUCUCAUCUUCAUCCUCUUUCCACUCUGAUGCUUCUGAUAAUUUAUCAAAUGGAGAUCAUGGAGAAUAUCCUGGACCCUUGCUUUGCUCGGUUGAACCUAACGGUGUUCAGGAUGCCAAUGCAAAUUCUUUCAAUGGUUCUGGUAACAUGACAUCAAGUGCAGCGCUUCAUUUAUCGAUUCCAGCUACUGAAGGAAUAACAAUUCAUAAGGAUGAUAUCCCUGAAAGUCAGCCCAGUAGCAGUAGACCUGAUAUGUCACUUGGAUCAAAUGUUACUUCUCCAUGUAGAGGUGAUGACAAGUUUACUGUGACAGAACUUCUAUCAGUUUCAGAGGCUACUACGUCGGCUCUCUCACCAAUUUCAGCCGCUCAAAACUAUUUGCAAUCAGAAAAAGGAAGAACGAUUUUGCAAAAUCCACCAGUGGAAAAGGGUUCUGCUGCUGCUGCUGGCUGUCCUCCUUUUGAUGAUGUCAUACAUGUCAUACGUCACAGCAGUUUCCGUGUUGGGAAUGAGCAGCCAGUCAUGGAAACUGUUGAGAUGGGAGUUCAAAAUAUGGACGUAGGGAAGCUCUUAAAUGUAGUGAGAGACGAGCUGGACAUGCGAAAUGUGGGGGCUCCAGUGACACUUAAAUCAGCAGGAGGCUCAGAAGCCUUAAGCUUGAAAUCUAGCCUGUCUACUGAUGAUUCCAGUUUCAAGGAAAUGGAUAUGAAAGCUGCAGCCUCAGUAAUGAAUCAUGAUACUUCUGAACCGGCAAAACCCACCUCCCCUGUCAAAGAAGAAGUGACGUCACCUACUACUGCACCCAAGGAAAUUCUGGACGUGAAGUCAUUUAGGCAGCGAGCUGAUGCACUUGAAGGGCUUUUGGAAUUGUCUGCUGACUUACUACAGCAGGAUAGGCUGGAGGAGCUGGCAAUCGUUCUCAGGCCAUUUGGAAAAGAUAAGGUCUCACCAAGAGAGACUGCGAUAUGGCUGGCGAAGAGCCUGAAAGGGAUGAUGAUCGACGACAGUGGCCGAAGUUCAUGACUCUGUCUGCAGUAUAGUCUGCUCCUUUUUACUUUUUGUUCUACUCUGUAAUGAUAUUUGUCCAGCCACCUUUUUUGGCACAUUCAAAGUUCGAUUGAAUUUUGUUUUGGAGGAGAGAACAGAUAGGCUCUUUUCAUUUCUUUUGAUCAGCCCUUGUUCUUUUUCUUGUUGUAAUUCUUAUUCUCUUUGCAUUUUGUUUGUACAUAAUGAAUUAUACCAAAUUCAUAACUGCAUCAUCGUUGCCAAAUGUAUGGAUGAAUGUGGGUAUAUAUGGAACUGUGACUUGAGUCAAUAUAAACUAAAUAAUGUCAU